AUGGAUUUCUCUUCCAACUUUGGCCCAAAGGUCUCCCGGUGCGAGAAAAUCAUCCAAUACUCGUUCAAUUCGAAGGUACUCUGCGCCAAGGCCCUGAACGCUGCAGCGGACUCCAAGUCUGUUUAUAUCUUGGAUGGCCUUUCUCGACAGAUGCCCAAGAACGACCGCCUCGCUGUCUAUGGCGAUUCCGUUGCCGCUUGCUACUUGUGCAGCAUCUGGGAGCAGCGGGGACUUGCCAAACAUUGCUGGACUACGCUUCGGCAAGGCCUUCUCAGCAACGAGAAUCUUGCUCGAGUCGGUACGGAACAUGGCCUCGACAACUGCAUUAACGUCAAUGGCGGCACCGAACGGGCUACACCCAAAAUGGUCGCUACGACUGUUGAAGCUAUCCUCGGCGCUGUGGAGAGAGACGGCGGCUAUGAUACUCUCGCUCGAGUUAUGGCUCAUCUGGGUCUCACACAGCAUGGCCUACUUUUAUCGCUGUCAUGGGACCACCUUUUGUGA